UUUAUUCAGACUCAAGACAAUAGGAGCUCAGAGUGAAAGCCACAACUUCCCGUGCUUCAUCAGUCAGACCAAAACUCUAUUUUGAAAGAAAUCAUGCUUGUCAAAUUUAUCUGCGCUGUAGUCACCAGGGCAUUGUUUAUUUUAGUGUCUCUUAUUGGUGUAUGGAGGGUGACAUGGGUUAAAAAUAAUAAUUUAUACUGGUUUCUGACUAUCCUCUAUCUACCUCUCGUGGCUGAAAUGAUUUUAACUCUGAGAAGAAGAAAAGGGAAGGAUUAUAAAUGGUUUUCUCCAGCAAUAUUGUUUUUCCUCAUCAGUAUCAUACCAACCAUAUGGAUCCUUGAGUUGCACCAUCAGAAAAACAAAUUAAGUGAUACUAAGUGUACUAAUCUGGAUUCAUCUGAGAGCAUUCAAGCCUUUCUUGAUGAACGGAGAAACUCGACCAAUGGAAGUGUGAGCCAGCAGGACCCUCUGAAAUUUUUGUCAUCGGUUUGUGCCAAUGACUGGAUCCUGGCCCUUCAGCAAAUCGUCCUGAUCCUGAUGAUAGUGGGGAAGUGGUUGCUACCGAUUGCUGGAGGAGUCACCAGAGAUGAAAUAUCCCAGCUGUUGCUCAUCUUUGUGGGCACAGCUGCUGAUAUCCUCGAGUUCAUCAGUGAGACCCUCAAUGAUGUGGAGGAGGACAGUAUACAAUUUGUGUGCAUUAUUCUUGGGGUCUGGACAUUGAGCAUGCUACAGUUUCCUUUGCAUUUCUCAGUGGUGAACACCAAACCUGAGGAUAUUUGUGAAGGCCAGGUUGGCUCUCUCAUCUCCAAGUUCAGGACAGAUAUAUGGGACAUUGCGGGAACUAUUUUUCUUCAAGAUGGCCCCUUCUUUGUUGUCCGACUUGCAGUUAUGAUUUAUUUUUCUGACUUUCAUCAAAUGCUGGUCUUCUUUACCAUUAAGAACUUCCUAGUAGUGUUGAUUAACAUCUACAGGAUGUGGGCCAUUUGGAUAGAUAACAAACCUUGAGAUGUACAAACACGAUCUUGUUCAGUCAAUCAACUGCAGUGAUGAUUCAUUGCAUCACAGUUGUUGUUGUUUUUUAAUCAUUGUAACGGAACAGCUUAUUAAUUAUGUAUACAUAAACAACAUGUUACAUUAUUAAUAAGGCGGUCAAAGUAAUGAGAGUAAAAAAUGUGGUGCUUUUUGUGCUAUUUUUAAGGCUGCUAAUGCAUGAAUUCAAUUUGACAUCAUAAACUUUUUUUAUUCUGUUAUUCUGGUUUCUUAAAGCAAAGCCUAGUAAGUGCAAUGGAGCACAGAUUUAGAAUAUGAUCAAUUAUUUUUUUAAUUACACUGCCUGUCAAAUAUUUGGAAUAUAUAUAUAUAUAUAUAUAUAUAUAUAUAUAUAUAUAUAUAUAUAUAUAUAUAUAUAUAUAUAUACGGUAUAUUAAACAGUUUAGCAAUUUAAUGCCUUGUUAAACGUAUUAUUAUUAUUAUUAUUAUUAAAUGAUACUUACUCCAAACAUUUGUAUCACACUUUCUUCAUAAAUAAUAAGCUGCAGAAACCAUUUUCAGCAGUGGUAUGAUAAUAAGAAAAAAUGUUUCUCGAGCAGCAAACAGCAUAUUAGAAUGAUUAUUUUCAAAUCAUCUUCAAAUUUCAUCAAAGCUUGAGCAUGAAAUAUAACUGAAUAAUAAUAAUAAUAAUACCCAUAAAGUAAUAUUAAAACAGUUAAGUUCCUGUUUUUGAUUGGAAAUAUCUCAAGCAGUGCUCACUGUAGAACCAAAUGACAUCCAGCUCCACCUCUGUGGAGAUAAUGGGUGGAGUUAUGUUAAGUGAUAGGGUAACUGGUAGGGUUAGGGUGUGACUGCGUCAGGGCUGCCAACUUUUGAGUUCAACUUGGAGUGAGAAUUUCCAUGGCGGGCUGGGUGGGGGUUUUGGUUGGGGUUGUUUUGUAAAAAAAAAAAAAGUUUUGCUUGACAUCUAAACAUGCCUAGUAGUUAACGUCAUGUUGACUGGUACUGUAUUUUUUAUCAUAAAAUUAUCUAAAAUUAAUAUCGGAGUGCUGCUAAACUAAUACAUUUUCACCACAACAAGAAUAGCAAUGCACAGGGAGAGAACUGCUAUAAAAAUAUAAUUUGUCAAAACUGAUGUGCAUGAUGCAAUGUGAAUGCAGACUAUUGUAGUAAUUGAAAAAUACUUGAAUUUUCAUAGCAAAUUAUUUUUGUAAUGACUAGUAAAUUUUGCAGUUCUUUCGCUGUGCAUUGCUAUUGUUGUUGCGGUGAAAAGUUAUUCAUUUUGCAGCAUUGCAAUAGUUAUUUCAUACAUAUCUCUGGUUUCACUUGGAUAUAUGUGACAAUAGGGAAGAAAAUACUAUCACAACUUCCGUUUCAUGCCAACUUUAAGCGAUUCAGGGUCAGACUCUCUCUUUUUAGAGACACAUCUUUAUUUAUGAUGAGCUUUACGAUUUUGGCUGUUUACAUUACACACUGCAUGAAAGGUAAUUUUCAAAAAUCCAUAAUAGGGGCACUUUAAAUUAGAUGGUGUAUGUAUUAGAUCAAUGUUUUUCUGUAAUAUCAAUUAUUUAUGAUGUGAAAUGUUACAACUUUUCCUAACAGUUGAGGAUGACCUGUACCACUGUCUUCAACCUCAGGCUUAUCAGUUCUUUUUUUCCCUUGUGCUUUUCUGUAUUCUUUAAACAUAGAGUUCAGUUUCUUACUUCAUCAGACCACAAGACUUGGUCUAAGUAUGGUGUUGAAUUGUGAUACUGCUGUUUAUGCUGAGGUUGCAGGUAAGGUUUCCUCCUUCCAUUCAGAUCAUGUUUGUGCACACUGACCCCUGUAGAAGCUCAAUAUUCCCACAAGUUCUUUAAUAUGCUCAGUUCUGUAUUAUAUGUAUGUAUGUAUUUAAUAUGCUUAAUUCAGUAAUAUGCUUUGUUCCGUAUUCCUAACUACAAUGAUCAGUUCUAUCAGUCUUGUAUUCAGCAUUUUUUAAAUUCAUUUUUUUAGUCAACUAUUGAUCAUUUUUGGGAUGUUUUUUAUUUCAUAUAACUGCCUAUGCAUUAGGUUUCUUACUAGAAAAAAAUACAUAUUUCACAGUAUUAUUGUUUUUCCUGUAUUUUUGGUCAAUUAAAUUCAGCCUUAGUGAACAUGAGACAACUUUAUGCUUUUAUGUACUGUAGGCCAAGCAGGGGUCAAGCUCAAAGCACAAAACAAACAAUGAAAAUACGUCACAGUGCCCUUUAAGGGCAGAACAUGUUUAAACAAUAAAAGUGUAUGUCAAAUUUUCA